AUGGGCAAGGACCAGGGGAUCCCCCAUCCCGAGUACCCAGGGUGGGGCCUGGAUGGCAAGACUUUGCACGAGAAGCUCUCUCCCAGCAUGUGGUGCGUCACGCCAAGGGACCUCCGAUUCCUGCGCCAGGAAGUCCGUCAGGCGGUCGCGCAGCAGUGGGUCAUGCCCAUCAUUGAGCCUGUGUUCAACGACGACAGGCCCGAUCCCUUCGACCCCGAGGACGACGCAAUUGGCCCCAAUAUGUACAAUGUGACGGACAACUACAUCAAGCCACUGGCCCUAGAUGCCGGCAGGAUGAGCUGGGCCCUACUUCGGAAUCCCGAGGGGCUUCCUUGUGACCUCUUCAUCACUCACGCCUGGCAGGAGGGUGCCUUUGAGUUCAUCGACAAGGUGCUGGCGAGCUGGCCUCGGGGGAAGAAGGCCGCCUGGUGCUGCGUCCUCGCCAUGCCACAGGCCCUCCCCCGCUACAUCAGUCACCUCAUCGCGGUGCCCCGCACCUCCCCGUUUGCUCUUGCUUUGCAGAAUGCCACGCACAUGCUGGCAGUGCCUACGCAUGUGUGCAGCAUCUACUCCCGACUCUGGUGUGGGUACGAGGCAUACCUGGCAACCUACUACGACAAGGUGGUCAUCACAGCAAGGCCCCCGCUUCAGUGGCUCCCUUCUGCAGCGGUGGCGAUGAUGACUUUGGUCGCAGGUGGCCUUGUCGGAUUCUACUGGAGUGCGGCUGGCGACGUCGCAGCAAGCCCAGAUGGCACCUUCGACAGCUGGGAGGCUGUGACACACUUCCUACAAGCCUCCUACACCUUUGGCCUGCAACCACCACACAUCUUUGAAGACAUAGUAGCAUGUUGCGUGGUGCUGGUGGUUCUCGGCGGACGAUCGUCGCGUCUUGUUGCUGGCCUCAACUGCUUGGGCUCGCUGUCUCUGGGAUUUAUCCUGGGCUUCUGGACCAAGAUGUUCGCGGCACUUGGGCGCUUGCCGCUGCACGUAGUCAUCGAAGACCCCACGGGAAAGUUUUUGUUGAUCCCACUGUUUCUCAUCUUCGUUGUGGCCAGCGAAAUGGAUCGACUCUGCAGCUUACAGCGGAAGCAGGAAGCAACAUUCCUUGAGCUGCCUCAAGGUGCACGCGUGCAAGAUGCUGAGUGCGGGAAUCCAGAGGACACGAGGACCAUCAAAGGCGAGAUUGGCGAUCGCUGGACCCACGUGGAAGCCUCAGUGCAGGUGCUUCUGGACUCGGGAAUGUCAACGCCGGCGCUGAGGGAAGUGGCGCAGCACGAGUUCUCGGUUUUGGGCCUUGCGGAUGUGAAAUUCUCUCAGUGCUGGCUGGGGCUUGCAGCGUGGCUGUUUCAUUUCCUUCUCUACGCAUGCAGUGAUGCUUUGCUUGGUGGCCUCAAUGGUACCCUCAUGGGAGUUACGGUGGUUUUGUGGUGCAACGCGGAGCGGGAUGACAAGGCAUUCUUGGGUUCGGUGUCCGUGAAGAUGGUGACGUUUGUGUUCGUCGCCUUGUACGUGAUCUCGUAUGGCUUCAAGCUUGGGAACCUGGAGAAAUGCGACAAGGCUUUGACCGUCGACCUCAUUCUGUUGGGUGUGGCGGCCCUGUGCCUCCUCUGCCAUCUCGCUGGGCUGCGGGGCUUCAUGCGUGUGCCUGUAGCCCGCUGCAUUUUCGGAGCAUUGCGACCUCGGUGCUAG